GCGCCCUCAAGUGAAUUAAUUUUAAAGCUACUCAAAUGACACUCAAAUUGACACCUUCUUUUUUGUGUGAGGUCAAACCUUUAUUUUUAUAGCGCAUGUCAGGUACUACGUGUCAAUGUAUUUGUGCUAAGGCUGGCUGCUGGAGGAAUUAUGGUGAAAAAGUCCAUGUGUAAUUAAAGAAUGUCUGCAAAAUGGUGGAUUGUGGUGUUCUUUGCAUUAAAUAGUGUUUGUGGUUGCACAGCACGUGAACCAGUAAUCUAAGACAGCAUCAAAUAUCAACGGGAAUCCCGUACGUACGUUCUGUGUGUUUGCAAACAAAAGGUGGUGAAAAGCAUCAACGGGUGUGUAGACGCGGGGGUCUACAUUUGCAAAGGAGCUCAUGCAAAGCCCCAACUGCCGUGUCGUGAUUUUUGCGUGAUUUAGUGUUGUAAACAAGGCAGGCGCCUCGGGUGAACGGCAGCCGCAGCAAUGAUCCCCGUGCUCAUUGCCGUGGCAGCAGCCAUACUACCAACCCUUUUGGCUGAUCAGGUCGUCUUGCUGGACACCACCAAGGAGGCCACCCUCGAAUGGACAAGAUACCCCUAUGGACCUCAAUCUCAAACUCCUGGCUGGGUUGAGGAGUCUUUCACGAAUUUUGGCAAAGGAAUCAAUUGGCGAAGUUACGUUGUGUGCGAUGUUGCGUACCACAAUGUAAAUAACUGGCUCUGGUCACCUUUUAUUGAUCGUGGACCUGCAAAUCGUUUGUACAUUGAAAUCCAAUUUACAAUUCGUGACUGCAGCUUAUUUCCCGGCAAUACACUUAGUUGUAAGGAAACCUUCAGUUUACUCUUUUACGAAUUUGAUGCUGCCACAAGGGAACCACCACCUUGGCAACCAGAAAGUUACAAAUUAAUAGCCAGAAUAGCAGCUGGUGAAGGUCGCUUCAACCAGAAUUCCGAUGUGGAUAUAAAUACAGAAGUCAAGAGUAUUGCAGUCACAAAGAAAGGGGUUUACUUUGCAUUCCGCGACCAGGGUGCCUGCAUAAGUAUUUUAGCUGUUAAAGUUUACUACAUAACAUGCCCAGCAGUUACAGUGAAUUUUGCGCACUUCAAUGAAACCCCAACUGGGCGAGAAGUCACAAUUAUUGAGCAACAAACAGGAAUUUGUGUUGCAAAUGCCGAAGCAGCAGAGCCUCCUACGUACUUGUGCAAGGGAGAUGGGAAAUGGACAAUUCUAAGUGGGGGUUGUAGGUGCAAAGUAGGCUAUGAACCAGAUUUUGAACGUCAAAUCUGCAAUGUAUGCCCCGCUGGAACAUUUAGAUCGGCCGAAGUGGCCAAAUGUACGCCAUGCCCACCAAAUUCCCGGACACCGGCACUUGGGAGUGCAUUCUGCCCAUGUUUACCUGGGUUCUAUCGUCAUCAGCGUGAUGCCAAACAUAUGCCAUGCUAUCGUCCACCGGGUCCACCCACAAAUCUCACACUACUCUUCCUUGAUCAAACAAGCGCCAUUUUUGCAUGGAAUGCACCCCAACGUGCUCCAGAUUCUGCAAGUGUUGCCUAUCGUAGUGAUGUAAUCUUCAAAGUUAAAUGUCCCAUAUGCAAUUCCAACGUUGUUUUUACACCAUCAACAGAAACAUUCAACGAUACGAAAUUAACACUUAAUAAUCUCGAACCCGUAACCACCUACACCAUUCAAAUUCAUUCCCUCAAUGGACAAGCCAUUCCCUUGGCAGUAAAUGAUGACGAUGAUAAUACCACAUCGACGGAAUUUAUGAAACGCGUUGCUAUAUCAGCCCUACUUGCUGAUGAAAGUCAACAAGUGACGGAUUUUGCAGAGAUUACCUUCACCACGGAAUCCGCAACACUGAGUACGAUCUUCAAUGUGCGCGUCACGUCGAUUAGUAGCAAGGAUGUGGAAUUAAUGUGGGAUAAACCGACAUCGAGUGAAACGAAUGGAGCACAAAUUCCAAUUGAAUUUUACGAAGUACGAUGGUUUCCGAAAUCAGAGGUGGAUUCCGUCAAUAAAACUACAUUAAAUACAAAAGAACCCCGAGCACAUCUGGAAAAUCUUGCAGAAAAUACAGAAUAUGGAUUCCAGGUUCGCUGCAAAACUGUAAAUGGUUGGGGUACUUUCUCCAACAUAGUUUAUGCUCAGACACAUCAAAGUGUCUCACCAGUUUAUGAUGAUUCCGUCCAAGUGAGAAUCAUCGCAGGAGUUGGUGUUGCUGUUGUCUUUAUUCUUGUACUCUUAAUCGUAGCUACGGUUCUUUUCCUCCGUUCCAAAGGACAUGAUGAUUUAGAUAAGAAAACAAAUAAUCACCUACCACUGCAGCUUGAUUACGCUAGCAACGAAGUUAAUACAAUGGACACAACACCUAUUGUGAAAACUGUUCAAAACAAUGUGACAACACCCCUCUUUGGAGCCAAUCGAAGCUACGUCGACCCGCAUACGUAUGAAGAUCCAAAUCAGGCGAUAAGAGAAUUUGCACGGGAAAUAGAUGCAAGCUAUAUUACAAUUGAGGCAAUUAUUGGUGGAGGCGAGUUUGGUGAUGUUUGUCGUGGACGUCUAAAGGUACCCCCGAACUUUGUUCAAGACAUCGAUGUGGCCAUAAAGACACUGAAACCGGGCAGCACGGAAAAGGCUCGAUGCGAUUUUCUCACCGAAGCUUCAAUUAUGGGGCAAUUUGAUCAUCCAAAUGUUAUAUAUCUACAAGGUGUUGUAACAAGAUCAAAUCCCGUUAUGAUAAUCACUGAAUAUAUGGAGAAUGGUAGUUUGGAUACAUUCUUAAGGGCAAAUGACGGUAAAUUCCAGACACUUCAGCUAAUUGGAAUGCUUCGUGGUAUUGCAUCGGGAAUGGCAUACUUAGCCGAUAUGAAUUACGUCCAUCGGGAUUUGGCAGCCCGAAAUGUUCUUGUGAAUGCUCAGCUUAUUUGCAAGAUUGCGGAUUUUGGGUUAUCGCGUGAAAUUGAAAAUGCAAGUGAUGCAUACACAACACGUGGUGGUAAAAUUCCCGUUCGUUGGACAGCCCCUGAAGCCAUUGCAUUUCGUAAAUUCACAUCAACAAGUGACGUGUGGUCAUACGGGGUAGUUUUGUGGGAAGUAAUGUCCUACGGGGAGCGACCAUAUUGGAAUUGGUCUAAUCAGGAUGUUAUAAAAUCCAUUGAGAAGGGGUACCGUUUGCCAGCCCCAAUGGACUGCCCCGAGGCACUGUACCAACUAAUGUUGGACUGUUGGCAAAAACAACGAACACAUCGACCAACAUUUGCCAGUAUUGUAGCCACUUUGGAUAGCCUAGCGCGGCAGCCACUUGCACUUUUAGCCGCCCGUCAUUCCCCUGAGGCACCCGAUAUGGAUACGAGAAUAAUGACCGGGGUACCGACGCAUUUCAUUAGUACUGAUCUAUGGUUAGAAAGCAUCAAAAUGUCACGCUACUCACAACACUUCAAGGAGGCCAAUCUCAUAGCAGCACAACAGAUUUCACGAUUGACUGCCCAACAGCUGUCCGACAUGGGAAUAACACUUGUAGGUCAUCAGAAAAAGAUUCUCCAUCAAGCCAGACAAUUGGAUACCAUAAUCUAAGUUUUUAAUAAAUGUGUGUCUGUGUAGUAUACCUAAAGUUAUUCUCUCAAGAUUGCGCAUUUCAUAAUGGAGAUAGAGACUCGAUAAAGUACAAACAGUGAGUGAGAAGCAAUUGACUAAAAGAAAUUUAAAAGGAAAAAAAAUACAUAAAAUAUACCUACGGUUGAAGUGCGAAUUUGGUUAAUAAAAAAAAAGAAUGAUAAACAAACAGAACAAAAGAACAAUGUGUUUCUUCCAAGUGUAUUAAUUUAUUUUUUGUUUGUUUUUUAUUUAGCAUUAUUAUGGGACAUUCUGAAGCAUCUACAUACAUAUAAUUAUAUUGAAUCUCAAUGUGAUUUUUUUAAACACAACUUUUUGUAUUUUCCCAUUUCUUUUUUUUUAUAUACAAGUGCAUAAUGUACAUAGGUAUAUACUUACCUAUAAAUUGCAUAGAAGAAACCAACUCAUAGAUUAAAACAAAAAUGUGGUUUUAUAUUUUUAUAUAUUAUAAAAAUGAGAUUUAAUUGGAACAAGAUCCUUGUACGCGUUGAUAUUUAUUUUGAAUUUUCCUUAAUCACAUUACAACAUACUUAUAGUUAAAACAAGAAUAUUUAUAUAAUUAUUUUAUAAGACACUGCGCGAUUACUUAAUCCGUUUUUUUUUUUUAGUAAAUUGUAGAACAAAUUGAAUGAUGAUAAACUACGAUGUUUUUGAUGAGCAGGACUGACUUACAUAAUAAUACUACCUACCUUACCUAUGUAUAAGAUCCCAGUGUAAUUGAUAUUCUUGUUUAUUGAUUAUCCUUUUUUUACAAUAUAUAAAUCAUUUAUACUCUUUUUUUUACUUAUAUAGUACUUUAUUAUUGUACAUAUCGCGAUUUUCAGACAUUCCUUUAAAAAAAACAAACUCUUUAAAAAAUCAUAAUUUAACUGAAAAAAAUGUAAUAAUGUAGGGAGAUUGUAUAUUUUUUGCUUAAGGCCAACAAAAAUUAAAAAAAAAAAUAAUCCCCCCAUUGCAAACUAUGCAAAUGGUAAAAAAAACAAGACAUUACAUACAUUUUAACUUAAGCAAUUAGAAAUUAAUGUUAAGCUAUGCGUCAGACAUUUUUCUCAAAUAAAGUCUCAAUAUGGCUCUAA